GAAGUGAACGCUGCUCCGGGGUUUGUGGAUAGUAAAAGCACGGAGCAGUACGAUGACACACCGCCCUCCGCCUCUCUACUCACUCAUCUAAACAACGACAAAACGUUCCACUGUGAAGCAAACUCUGGACUCCACUGCUGCUGCUCACUGUAAACUUGAGGGGACUUCAUAGGACACAAAACGAGCCGUGCCAGCAGAGAUCAUCAUCAUCCUCAUUUGAGAUUAGGAACACAGUGUGACCUCCACAUACCUGAAUUUAGUGUGUGCACCAUGGUGUCUAAACCUCACCCUCCUCUGAUGAAGAAGCACAGUCAGACAGACUUGAUAAGUCGCCUGAAGAGUCGGAAGAUCCUUGGAGUUGGCGGUGAGGACGAUGAUGGCGAAGUGCACCGCUCAAAGAUCAGCCAGAUGCUUGGAAAUGAAAUGAAGUUUGCAGUGCGAGAACCUAUCGGCCUGAGGGUGUGGAUUCUCCUCUCAGCAGUGGGUUUCACAGUCAUGGCCCUGAUGGCCUUGGUAUUUCCCAACCAACUAUAUGAGGUUGUUUUUGAGGAGGAGCUCUCUACAACUAGCCUCUCUGUUCGUCUUUAUGGAGGAGCGUUGCUCAGCCUGGCCCUCAUUAUGUGGAAUGGGCUGUAUACUGCAGAGAAGAUUGUCAUCCAGUGGACUCUGCUCAGUGAAGCGUGCUACUUUGCUGUCCAGUUUCUAGUGACAUCCAUCACCUUAAUGGAGAUUGGAAUCCUGCCCAAUGCUGCCAUACUGCUGCUCCUCAGUCGAGUGCUCUUUAUUGUGGUCACCAUGGCUUACUACUACCACCUGGGCCGUAAGCCGAAGAAAAUCUGAGCCACUUGUGUGGUACUUCAAGGCAGGGUCAGCUGAGCAAAGAUUACUAACGUGGGGUCAGGAGGUUUGGAUUUAAAUUUGACUGGGGCUUGGUGCAUUGCUUUGCUAGUGGAUGCCCCCUGCCUCAUGGCACCUAACCUAUUUUGGCCUCCAAUAUUCAACAGAUGAGCACAUUCUUGCAUUCCAGACUCUACAACCCUCAUGAGAAACCUCAUCGUGAAAGUGAAUCACUCUUUCACUGGACUGUGAGGUCAAGACCCUCUUGACACGCAUUCAUCCUUUGUGCUGUGUGCUGAUUACGUAUGUACAGAAAGAGCUAGCGUUAUAUAGUGCAAUUCCUUCCUGUAUUACCAAGUUCUGUUAUUUAACAUUUACAGUAAGUUCAAAUGUCUGUUGUUAAUGUACAGCUACAUGACUUCCAGCUUCAUUAUUUAGCGUUAUUUGAUAAAAAGUUGCAGUUCGACACUGCUUCUUAAUCACAUUCAAGGACCAAGGAUUUGUGCUUUACUGUGUUUCCUGGUUGAUGCUGUUUAUGUGAACACAGACUGUAUGUAGGCUGCAGUGAGGCUUAGAUAUGUGCGUGCUUGUUUGCUUCUCUGACAGCUGCCCACUGAACACACUAAAUGGAAAUCAGCUGAGAUUAGCGUAUGAUUCAGACACAGUCAUUGAAGUAUAACAACGGAUGAGUGACAAUAAACGUUUUCUUACACUGCUGAUUUCUUGGUCGGCACACUGAGGAAGCUCUUUAAAGUCGGUUUAUUUUCUGAAUCAUACCCAUCAAUCAUUCAGAUUUAGUCUACCCUUGAACGGCAUCUGUUAAGAGGUUCUACCAAAGUGAGCAGGAUUGUUUUGUACAGAAUAUUUACUCCUCUGAGAUGAAUAUAUGUAAAGUUGUGAACUUUAUGUGAACCGACUCAUAAGAGGGUUGUUCUCUCCUUGUUACGUGUGCUCUGUCAGACAGGACUCAAGCCCAAGUGAUCUUACAAGACAGUAUUUAACAUUGUGACCUAAACUGUAAAGCUAGCGUCACAAACUGAGCAUGUGCAGGGUAAACAAACCUGGUUCCUCUUUAGUGAUGUAGCACAGUUUUUACUUGUACCAAUUUUUUUUAGUCUUGCCUUAAAUCUACCUAAUAUAACGUCGUCACCGCGUCCUACUUCUUGUGUAUAUAUUAUAUGUAAAUAUGUAAAAAUAUUUACUAUAGUAUGGUGGUGUUGUGAACUGAACAGGGAACUUGAUGUUUUCAUUAGUUGAUUUUUCUAAAGUGAAAUUCGUGUUUUGACAUGCAUGCAGCGUAAUCCACCAAAAGAAAUAGGUCAAACCUUUGUAGCAAGCUGCCACCAACUAGAAUGCAAAAAUGUGAAGGGAGUUCAAUAGAUGCGUCAGCCAAAAAUGAUCUAAUGCUUAAAAAGGAAAUGUUAAUUUAUAGAGAGACGCCAUGCUUUGAAGCUGCAGUGUGUGUAACAUUUGUUGAUGUUAUUAUACCGCCUCUGUUUAGUCUUAGAAAUGAGGUAACAUAAUUUGUAUGCUGCGUCUGACAGCAAGCUCUGUCAAGCAAUACUAACAGACCCGACUUGAGGUAGCGUUUGUGUGUAUACACUGGCAGCACAGUGGCAGGUGGGCGUAAGAAGUUUUGAUCAAACUGGACUGGUUUGUUUUUUGAGCAGUAGAAUUCACUUGUGAAACUUUUGGUGGGCACUUCUUUGUGUUUUCAGUGCAAUGUUGCUGUUGCCUCUAUCUUUCUUGUCGUGACACAAGUCACUUCCUGUGUGCAGCGCAGCAAUGUCACCGGGCGACAUAAGAUCUGAGCAAUGCUGUAUUGUUGUGUGUAGCUGAAAGGCUUCAUCAGCCUCGUGUAACUUAAUUCGACGAUAGUUUGAAUCUAAUGGACAUCUGUUUAUGUAUAUAAUUUUCAUGCCAUGGUUUUAAAAUGGACACAACCCAUCACCUAAAAAAUAUUUUCGAAUAAUUGUCCCUCAGGUACAGUAUGUGACCAGCUUUGUCAGCAAUGCUAACUCUGAUUUCUGUAACCAUUUAUCUUCGGGACCUAAGGUCAGUCAUCACGACAGUCUAAAGAUAGUAGACUGGUUUGGUAAAUUAACUUGAAACAUCUUUUUGGAGUUAAAGAGGGAACGUACAGUACUGCCGGGCUCCUCCAAAGGUGGUCCAUAUCACUGCAAAUGACCAUGUUGAGUUCUGCUCUAGAAGGGAGUGGUCCUGAGGUUGCAGUGAUUGUGGGUUUGCAGUUGUGCGUCCAGUGCCGACUGCAGAUGUGCCCGUUACUUG